UUUCUUCCUUGUUGAAUUCCCAAGCUCAGAAGCUGCAUUUAGAAGAGGAAAGAAGAACAUGAGCGAAGCAAGCAUGAGUACUGUGGAAGAACAAAUGCUCGUCUCCUCCCAACUCAGCUACCAAAUGCCUUACCAAGGUUGGCACGGAAUCCACUUUCUCAAAAUCAGUUGUUUUCAACAUUCAUGUUAUCAUGCAUUGCAAUUAGGAUUUGUUGACGUUUCAGAAACAGUAAGCGAGAGGACCAGAGUUCGCCGGAGGAGGAAGAAGGUGAACAAGGACAACGGGGAUGCGAAGAAGAGGAGACUGAGCGAGGAACAGGUGGAGUUUCUGGAAAGGAGUUUCACAGAGGAGAGGAAAUUGGAGACGGGGAGGAAGGACCUGCUGGCCGCCAAGCUUGGGAUGGAUGCCAAGCAGGUGGCGGUGUGGUUCCAAAACCGGCGGGCCCGGCACAAGAACAAGCAAGUGGUGGAGGACUACGCCAAGAUGAAGGCUGCCCAAGAUGCCGCCGUCGUCGAGAAAUACCGCCUCGAGAACGAGGUGCUUAAACUGAAACAAAGGCUUGUGGAAGCAGAGGAGCAGAUAAGGAAGCUCUCCUCAGGCAUGAAUGCAGCUGCUCAUGCCAUCACUGUAGCCGAUGAUAGUAGCCCAAGCUCAUGGUUCUCAAGCGUCCUUCCAUUAGCUGGGGAGUUGGGGGCGGAAGGAGAAGCCGAGCUGAUGUUCAUGCAUGAUCAUGACUUCAACAAUUACAUGACAAUAAUGGAGUGGGCUGGCUUUUUUGGUGUGUAAAUGGAUUGGUGCUGCUGUUGUUCCAUGACCUGUGGAUGACAUUGUAAUUAAUCAGGGGUCUGCAUUAUUAAUUCUACUAGCUAACCAUAAAAAUUGUAUCUGUAAAUUGUGAUUGCUUCAGCAGUCUUACAUUAUAAAAAAAUGGAUGUCUUGUGUUGGUGGCUUCAGUGGCAUGUCAUAUCAUGUAUUUCUCUUUUCCUAU